AGUCCGGGAAGCGCUGUCCGUUGCUUUUUGCUGACGGCCUAGCGACGUUCCUCGGCCGGGGCGACGCGGAGGAGCUUCACCAGCCCCGAGGCCGAGUGCUGGGAGGGCCCCGGCCCGGGCUCGGCCGCAGAAGGGCGGCCCCGCGAGUCCGCUGGCCCGUUCUCGGCCGAUCCCCGCGGGAGCCCGCCCUCCCCCCGCUCCCCGGCCAGCGGUGUCGCGCUCCGCGGGCGUGCCCCCAAUUCCUUCCCCCAGAUCGACUUCGUCCCGCUCCAGGGGACGCGGCCCCGCAAUGGCAGCGCGGCGGCCGUGACUCAGCACUGAGGCUCGGGGCGGCCGGAGAUGGGCCGGGACGUGCUGAGCGCCGCCCUCCGAGCAGCUGCCGGGAGAGGGGACGGCGUCGGAGUUCGUGUAAGAGGCAGAGAGACUGGUGGUUCCAGCAACAUGGAGGAUGGUGCCAGCUUGAAGUUCCGCCAGCAGCUUCUGCUCAUUGAUGAAAAUCUGGUGGCUGAAGAUGUAGCAGCUUUAAAAUUUCUCUGUACUGACUUGCUCCCCUUCAGAAAACUAGAAGGGGUGAAGUCAGCAGUGGACAUCUUUCAGCUUCUCAUGGCUGAAGAAUAUCUGAAUGAGGAAGAUACUUUCAUACUAGCUGAACUCUUAUACAGAAUUAAAUGUCACUCCUUGCUUAAGAAACUUGGUUACACCAAGGAGAAAGUGCAAGAAUGUCUGCAUAAGAAGGGAAGAGUGUCUCCGUACAGGCAGAUGCUGUAUGAAUUGUCAGAGAACAUUACCAAUGAGAUGUUGAAGGAUAUCAUAUUCCUCCUGAAAAACUGUCUUCCAAAGCGGCGGAUAAUUCUUUCUACUCUAGAGUUGCUGAUUUUACUGGAAAAACAGGGCCUUUUAACUGAAAACAAUGUACAGAUGCUGGAGAAAAUCUGUAUGAAUGUUUCGCCUGAUCUCCUGGACACAGUAAACUGUUACAAAAGGGAAAAAGUGUCUCUGCCUCAGCAGGAGAACACGCUGCCAGUCAAGGAAUCUUCACUGUCUCACACUGGAAACAUCAGAGUAUUCACUUUGCCACAGGAGACCUCAAUCAAAUCUGUCGUUUCUAAUAUCAAUGAUAACAAAGCAGCUAAUCUUACGCAAGGCUUCUCCGAAAUGAACCUGGUGCUGCCUGGAGAAUUCAACAGCGUAGAAAAUGAAUCCAAGAGGAUGACAAGCUACAGAAUGGAUGGACCACACAGAGGAUUUUGUCUUGUUAUUAAUAAUGUUAACUUCGAUAAGUCUCUUCAGGAGAGGAAGGGUUCUGGCAAAGAUGCUGGGGAACUAGAGCGAGUAUUCACAUGGCUUGGUCUGGAUGUGAGGACUUACACAGAUCUGACGUCUCAGGAGAUUAAAGAUCUCAUGCUAACUUGGCAGCGUUUGCAAGAUCACAAAGACAGGGACUGUUUUAUAUGUUGUAUUCUAUCUCAUGGAGAGUCAGGAGCAAUCUAUGGGAAAGAUGAGGAACUUGUAUCAAUCCGCAUGAUCAUGUCCCACUUCACUGCCAAACAAUGUCCACAGCUGGCUGACAAACCCAAACUCUUUUUUAUCCAAGCGUGUCAGGGUAAAGAGAUACAGUGUCCUGUCUAUGUUGAAGCUGAUGCACGAAUUCCUGACUUGUCUUCCAUGCAACAAAGCAUUUCUGCUUCUGAAAGUAUUCCUGAAGAGGCUGAUUUCCUCCUAGGCAUGGCCACAAUUGAUGGAUAUGUCUCUUUCCGGCACAUUCAACAGGGUGCUUGGUAUAUUCAAGCCCUGUGCAGCAAAUUACAGUUGUUGGUACCAAGGGGUGAAGAUAUUUUGUCGAUUCUUACAGAAGUUAAUGAAGAUGUGGGCAGACGUGUUGACCGCUUGGGGACAAAGAAGCAGAUGCCCCAGCCAGCAUAUACUUUAAGAAGAAAGUUUAUAUUCCCAAUACCUACAGACCCUCCCCCUUCACAGCAACAUUGAGGCUUUUAAAAUACAACCUUUUAUCAGCACAUCUCAUUCAAAUGCAAUUCACCACACUACCUGUUUUAAGGCAGUUAGCCAGAAUCCUGAGGAACUGUUAGCUUCAGGACAAAGAGUCAUAAACUUUCUGCCAAACAAACUGUGAAACUGGAAGAGACACAGUCCAUAUGCCAGCUAUUUACAUCAUCUGUAUAUUCAGAGUUAGCAGGAUUGGGAGAAGCAUGCUUGUGUCCUGUUAAAUGAUUUUUGUACCUGCACAAACUGCAGAGAUAAGUGUUUUUCUGACAGCAUAAGGGUUAUGUGCAGCCUUACACAUCUAAACCAGGAUUGCUAGUGGUCUGGUUGAGUUUGUGUUUUAUUUUGCAGGCUAACAAUUUUAAAUCCUGCCUCUAAAUCCACUAGCUAUGUUCACAGAGAAAUACAAAGGUGGGAAUGAAGAGGAGAAAGCUUAAGGAGUAAGCAGAAAAGGAUUUCUUCCAUCUCUAAUUUAAACUACAGUUAACUUAAUGGAGAAUCAGUUAAUUUGUUCCACAGUGCACACUGAUACUAUCUAAUGGCUCACAUAAACCUGUAUAGUGAGAUUUUUCCAAAACUGAGUAAAGCCAAAAUGCUCUGUAGUAUUCUCUCUGUGAAACCUUGUGAACUGUCAUUUCCCCUUUGCUUCUGUGAAGAGAAGUUAGGGUAGAAGAUUUACACUCUAUGAAAUAUGGCAUUCAACAGUGUAUCUGUAUAGGGUUAUCGGACUAAUUAACUUUGUUAAGCAUUAAAUUUUCUGAUUAUUGUUUCUUGGUUUAAGAUCUAAAAUGCAACCACAUGAGAAAAAAGGCUCCUUGUUGUUAAGCUUCUAACAGAACAUUUUGCAAGUUAACUGAAAUAACGUCAUGUUGUUCUGUUAUAAGCAUUUACUAGUUAUGUCUGUGACCUUCCUGUUUGUUACUGCAUUAAAUUCAUACUUCUUUUUAA